ACCUGAAAAAUAAAAAUAUUGUUUUGUUUUGAUACAUUAAAAUUUCUAAUCAGUGUUACCAACUCUCCAAAAUAUUUAUCCCUAAACUUUGUAAAAAAACCCCUAAAAUCGCCUUAAUUAUUGAGUUGUCCCCCUAAAAAUAUAAUAUACUGUAAUAUGUUUCAAAAGUCUAUAUUUAACAGACAAAAUAUUAUGUCUUUAUCUUGAGAUUCAGAUUUUUUAUAACAUACAUGUUGACAGUGAAUAAAUUUAACAAUAUUUAUUAGUCGAUGAAAAUUGACGCCAGUUGCCUCAGAGUGGUUGUAGAAUAACGUAUUAUAUAUCGUUAUAAGUCACUAGGUCAAGAAAAAAAUAUUAAAAUUAUCAUCAAUUUAAAAAUAUUAAAGAAACAAAAAAUCCCUGAAAAUACCCCUAAAAAUUUCAGACCCCUAAAAAAAUCCCAUUUCACUUAUUUUCCCCCUAAAUCUGGGGGGAAAACCCCUAAGUUGGGAACCCUGUUUCUAAUCCACAGGUUAAUAAUAUGCUAUGUUUCACCACAGACUAAUAGGAUACUACGUUAUUUUGACACUAGCCUACACAGACAACAGGGAGAUAACCAAAUAGUCCAAAUAGCCCUUGGUUAAACUCGUUAAUUGCGUUUUGUUACUCGAGUUGCAUGUACCAUUUUCUCACGCUAUUUUCUUCAAUAGUAGAUAUUUUUCGUGAAAUUUAAUGCUUCUUUAAUGUUUUAAAUAAAAGACAUAAAACUUUGUUAAAAUAUAUGCAUUAUUAUGGAGUUUGACUUAAAUUUGAUAAUAUUAUUAACGAUAGUUUCACUAUCGUUUUGCAUAAACAAUACGCAAUCUUCAUGAAUGAUUUCAGUUCAUCGUUCACCAUCCGGUCUUCAUAUAAUGAACUAAAUUAGACAAUACCAAUGUAAAGUUACGAUUGAUCGUUGAUCGUAGCCGAUCGUAUGAACUUUACGAUCAAUGAACUCCGUUAGACAAUUAGGCCCCAGGGGGUAUGACACUUUAGUUCUUGCAUGUGCCGUUUUGUCGCUGCAAUCGAUCCCUGUUACCAAAGAGUAUGUACACGUUAUGGUUUUAUUUUGUAAGUGGGCGGCUAGUCUGUGAUAAACACUUAACAAAAUGUCGAUGUGUUUUUUGUUUGUGUCAAUAUCGAGUAACGAGUUCACAGGUGCAGGCAGGCCUGAGACAGAUUUUAGUUCCACCCGCUUCCACUUUGGCUCUGAACUCUAGUGUCGCAACUCUUCUGUCAUUGGUCGAAAUGAACAGCCAAUCAGUGAGCCAUAUUUUGUUUGUUAAGUAAAGCUGUCAAAAUUUCAAAAACAAAGAUAAGAUGUCGUUCAGUUCACUGCAUUAUUUGAAGUGCAUUGGGUUAUUUAGUUUUCUGAUUUUCUCCUCGGUUUUUGCCAGGGUUCCCAACUUAGGGGUUUUCCCCCCAGAUUUAGGGGGCAAAUAAGUGAAAUGGGAUUUUUUUAGGGGUCUGAAAUUUUUAGGGGUAUUUUCAGGGAUUUUUUGACUCUUUAAUAUUUUUAAAUUGAUGAUAAUUUUAAUAUUUCUUUCUUGACCUAGCGACUUAUAACGACGUAUAAUACGUUACUCUACAACCACUCUGAGGCAACUGGCGGCAAUCUUCAUCGAAUAAAAAAAAUUGUUACAUUUAUUCAUUGUCAACAUAUCUAUUGUAUGAUUUCAAAAAAUCUGAAUCUUCAGAUAAAGACGUAAUAUUUUGUCUGUAUUAAAUAUAGACUUUUGAAACAUAUUAUUUCUAAAUUAUUAUGAAUUUAUAUUUUUAGGGGGACAACUCAAUAAUUAAGGCGAUUUUAGUGGUUUUUGACACAAACUUUAGGGAUAAAUAUUUUGGAGAGUUGGUAACACUGGUUUUUACUUUGAGUCGAGAUCCUGAAUAAUCUACUGGCCUCCUUGCUACCAGUGACUGUUUCUGUGAGAAACUCAACGUAUUAUCAUGUCUCAAGUGAGAAAGUGUUGUGUUGUUGCUUGCAAUGCUACCAGCGAGACUCAUCGUCUUUUUUACUUGCCAAAGAACGAUAAAUUACGAGAAUUGUGGUUGACUUUCUUGAUUCCUGUGAAUGUAAAGCUCAGUGGUUUGUCGAAGGCACAAUUAGUGACUAAACAAGUAUGCCAAAAGCACUUCGACAGACAUCAGUUUGACAAUCAGGGCAACCGGCUUGCGCAUGGUUAUCCAUGCUUGUUUACUGAAGAUGAAAUACUUCACGGAGUUCCUUUGAGCACAUUAGCUGAACAUGACUUGAGGGAUCAUAAUUAUGCUUUACAACCAACCAACUUGGAAGAUACAACCGUUUUCACUGAAAGUACCAUUGUUAUUGCUAAAGACUCCAUGAAAGAUCAUGACUAUGCUUUGAGUUAUCAAAUCGAAGGGUCUGUCGACCUUGCAGAAGGGACAUCAACUAAUGUGAAAACUGACGGUAAAUGUAAUCCUACUGUAUCAGAAAUGCAAACACAUGAAACAUUGGAAAUUCUUGACAACCAGCCUGUAUCAAUAUUAGGAACUGUAUCAACAGAUUUGAAACACAGUGGGCAGCAAAUUAAAAGUAAAGGAACACCAAGGAAAUAUCUUGUUAAAGGAAGAGGAGAUUUGGAAUAUGCCCUAUAACUGCAGACUCCAAUAUUGCAAAUAGCACCUGCAAUACAGUGGAAUAACAUAUUGGUGUGCUGAAGAAAAGAUGGCAAAGGCUUUUAGCUGAUAGGAUAUUGUAAUGAUGACCCUGUUCUGUUCAAAUCAUAAAUGUGUGUGUAUUAUCAAAAUAUUUGCAUAGAUUGUGAAAUGCUGAUGAUAUUUAAUUUGGUUGGAUUUUGAUAUUUGAAAAUAAAAGAAUACUUACUUUGC